AUGACGGCAAUUGCAGAACUAUCUGAUUAUUCAACUAUAUUUCUAACAGUAUCUUUGAGUGUUCUUCGAGUUUUUAUGGUUAGAAGUAAAAGUUCAAUUAAUUCAACCAAUCCAUCUGUUAGUUAUAAAAUAAUAAUUUGUUGCAUUCUAUUAUCAUCGUUUUUCUGUUGGCAUACUUUGUUAGCUAGAAUAACUCGCCUGGAUAAUCAGAAAGAAUUUAAAAAAAUGUACGCGAAAACGUAUCUAGAAAAAAUAAUGGUGUAUUUCAGAUGUCCUUUAAGUAAUGAAAAUAUAACAACUUCAAGUUUUGUGAUGUAUGAAACAGAGCAUAAAGCUAAUAUGGUUUUUGACGUUUUUCGAAUAAUUUUUACACACAUAUUACCGGUAAUUAUUAUACCUAUUGCUGCAUUGAUUCUUGUUAUGAAAUUAAAAGACGUCAAUAAUCGAAGAUCACGGAUGUCUUUUACAGUAAAAUCAAAUCAAAUCACAAAACUUGUGAUUUUUAUGUCUAUUGGGUUAACAACAUCUGAAUUUCGACGAGUACUGUCAUAUAUUAUUUAUCUCUCAUUUGAUUAUUUUACCUAUUCGUACAGUUCAUUGAUAAUUAUGCCAUAUAUUUUGGCAUACAUGUCAAUGAUCAAUGCAGCAUCUCAUUGUUUUAUGUGUUAUUAUUUAUGUGCGCAAUAUCGAUUGACUGCCAAUGAGAAAUUAUCUGAAAUUUAUGCAUUUAUAACAAUACCAUUUGAAAAAUUCCGGUGUAAAUAUUUUUGUGAAACGAGAGUUAUUAUAAUUGAAAGAUUUUGA